GAAGUCCAUUCUGAGGGCAAAAUAAUCCGCGACUUCCUUCCUGCGCUAACAACAUUCUGCUCGGCUCUAAUCAAGAACCGCAUCGUCUCGAUAGAAAAUUAACAGGAGAAAAAAAGUGAAUGACGUUAAUGAAAAUGUCUUUAUAAAGAUGCACAGCCUGCUGUGGUAUUACAAGUCAGCAAGCGUUUCAUAAUAAUUAGUCGCGGGUUAUAUUAAUAACGUCAUUAGCCACAAGCUAAGUUAUUAGCCUUUUAGCAAUAGCCAGCUCCUAACGUGUGAGACAUUAUUUACGUUUAUUGACAGGUGAAUUACAGUCCGAGGGAUCGUUACUCUGGACAAAAGGCGGAAUUAAAAAAGGAAGAAAGCGCUUCUAUGCCCCAUGUUCGAGGCGAUGACGUAAUGUUUUCAUCUAGUUUACCGGUACCUGUGAAAGGUGGAUUCUAUCCACGAAAAGGACCAGAUUCUCAUCAUCAGACACUGACAGUCAUAUGAAAAGCACGGGAUGGUGCAGCCUCAACCUGAUGGCCCAUUGCAGUGGGACAUGUCUGGAGAGGACAGUGGAGGGGCCCUUCGGGUCCCACCAGAACUUGCUGCCAAUGAAGUGGUGACCAGAUUGUUAGGUGAUAACCAGCAGCUGCGAGAGGCCCUAAGAAGGAGUAACCUUGCCCUCCGUCAGCGCUGCGAGGAGAUGGAAGGAUGGCAACAAAGAACAAGAGAAGAAAGAGAGUUUCUUAGCUCCCGUUUCCAGGAGGCCCGGUCCCUGGUAGAGAGACUGGCCCAAGAAAACCACUCCUUAAAGAGUAUGGUAAAUGGACCAACCUCCACCAACUGCUCAUCUUCUAGUUAUGGCUGCCAGACUGAAGACCUUCAGGGACGCCCAGCCAGGAACGGUCCACAUGAUGGACCACAGACACUAGACCAACGAGAGAAGAAGAGAGUUGAAGAAGUGGAUCAGCACACUCAGACCACACCCCCUCGCAGCCUGGGUGAUGCCACUGUGCAUAGCUCGUUGAGUAGCACCCUCCCUACUCCCCCUGCCUCAAUGUCAGAGGUACUGGGGGAGUUUUUGGGCAGGGAAUACUGUCAGCCGGUGGAAGGUGCAAGUGAUUUCCUUCAGCUGCUGAAGAGCCAUAAGGAAAAACUGGAAGAAGGUAUGAGAGAGCUGCGGAGAAAGAAUGAAGAGCUGGAGAGGGAGCGAGAAGAAGGAGAGAAAGAGAAAGAGUGGAUGAGACGCUGCAUUGACCAGCUACAAUCCAAACUGGCGCAGACACAGGCGACCUUUGUUAGUGAGGAGGCUGUUCAGCAUCGAUCGGAGGCUCAACACUCCUCUGACAGCUCUAGUCUGGCUAAACUUACAGAGCAGCUUCAGGCCACACAGGGCAGGUAUCGGGAACUCGAGGAGAAACUUGAUUACCUGCAGAAAAGUUCAGCUCAACGUGACAGAACUGAAGCUCUGCUCAAACAAAAGGACAAGGACUGCACUCAGUUGGCCAAGGACUGUGAGGCUUUAAAAGCCCAGGCGACAUCCUUACUUGGAGAGCUGAAAGAGAGACAGAGCUGCUUAGAAAAAAGUGAGCAUGACCGCAAAAUUUUGGAGGAAAAACUGGGUAAUAAGCUGAAGCCUCUACAGGCUGCAGAACGAGAGCUGGAUCAGCAGAGGAAACAGCAUCACGUGGCUAUGGACAAGCUGCUGCUGCAGACCCAGAGCCUGGAACAAGCGCUAAAGACUGAGCGUCAUGUGGUGACAGAGGAAAAGAAAAAGCUGACUCAGCUGCAGCAUGCCUACACCUGCCUCUUUAGAGAUUAUGAUUCUAAACUGAAGAGUGAGGGAGGAGAUCUGUCCAUCAGACUGGAGGAGGCAGAGCGAGCACUUGCCCUGAAACAAGAUCUGAUUGACAAACUGAAGGAAGAGGUUGAGCAGCAGAAAGGUUCACUGGAGACGGUUCCUGUCCUCACUGCACAGGCCGAGAUCUACAAGGCAGAUUUCUUAGCAGAACGAGAAGCAAGAGAGAAGCUGAACCAGAGGAAGGAGGAGCUGCAGGACCAUCUGACACAGGCCAUGGCUGAGAUUGACAAACUCAAACAGGAAGCCACAUCACGUGCACGUAUGGUGGAAAUGAAGAUGAGACACAUGGAAGACUUUUCACCACGGGCUUCACACAUUCCUCCUCCACAAAAUGUGUUCCCAGGUCCAGCUUUUAACACAGUGCCUCCUGCCCCCUCAUUCCGCAUCCCCUGUUUGGCUCCAGCGGGUGAUCCAGGAGCUGAAGAUGUGCCUGAUUUACGUUGUCCCAAAUGCCAGUACCAGGCCCCAGAUAUGGACACUCUGCAGAUACAUGUCAUGGACUGCAUACAGUAACAAAAACAGUGUCGGUACUGGGACAACAACACACACGUAUGCAAUUAUGUGGUGCAUAUAUAUUUACUUUACUGUUUGAUGUACAUUUCUGGACAAGGACUGGGAAAAUGUGUUUGGUACUUGCACCGUACAUUGUCAGCCAUGUUAACACAAACACCUACAGAAUACCACUCACACAGACAAAAAAAAUUGUAUAGCUUUUAUAUCUUCCGGUCCAGACACGUGGCAAACGGAUGACAGUGAGAACAAAUGAAAUGAAAAGAGCCACACUGGUGUAUUUACUAAUCUGAUCCACAGACACAGUUUCUGCUGCAUCUUUUCAGUUCUGUCGCCGUACUGUUUGUGUUGCUGUUUCUUCUUGUCACUUUCUUCUGUCCUCCUUUCCUCUCCAUGCCUUAACUUUGCCUUAUUGAUGCACAUCAUGCCCACCAGUGUUUCCACGUGUCCCUCGCAUCCGUUCUAUUUCAAGGAUACAUCCAUACUACAAUGCAGAUUUAAUAAUUAAAACUGCAUUUUUAAUCAAUAAGCAACAAGCUAAAAACAUGGUUUUCAUCUUACAUGACUUGGAAAUUGCAGUCAAAAUCAUACGCAUCACUAACACACAUCAGAUAAAAAUCGGCAUGUUCUGGUGUAAAUGAAAAGCUGAUGUUUCCCUGAAACGAAUGCAGUUUCAAAUAUGUGUUGCACCCACAGCACGUCACAUGCAGCAGGUUUGUGCAGUUGCAUUUUGACGCAUAAGAAUGAUAUUGACAAAUAGUAAAAUGUUUUAGAGAAGAUCAAAUAUUUUAACUGUGGUGAAUCACCACAUGCUGGUUUCACGUGGUGAUUUUCACAUGGCGGAUUCUUCGGAUCCUUCGGAUUCACAUUGUGUAUAGUUGUGAUGCAAGAAAAAUAUAUUGACCUAUAUUAAAUAUGUAGAUUAUAUCCCAAUUGUGAGGCAGAGACAGGGUACAUGUGCUAACUCUACACAGAGAGUUUAGUAUAUCAUAAUAUAUGAUUUCCGACAAAAUAUAAAAAUUAUGAAACACUCCAGGCAAUUUUUUUGUGACUAGAAAAAGACAGAUAAUUCCCUGAGAUAUCAACAAUCAUAGUGAUUAUACUGUAAUGCUAGUGAUGAUGCAAUCAAACCACAGAUGAAGACAAUUCAGUAGUUGGUUGGCAGUGGGCGGUCUGCAUACAUUGCCGCUGAUCCCUGGUCACCUGUAUACUAUUUUGCACACAGUAGCUUUAGUAAUACUAUGAAAUUGCACAGUCUAUUGGGGGACGAAAAACAUUUCAGAAUACUUAAACGCAAAUUUGAAUAUCUCUUAAACUGAGCAUUACAACAUUGCUGUUGUGUGAAAAAGACAUACUAUAUCCAGAGUGUGAUGUAUUUGUUUGUAAUCAAAAAUUGCUUUGAAUGUAGAGGGCUGCUGUAGUAAGCCGGUAUUAUUGGGACAAUGCCUCUUACCAGAAGGAUGAGGGUUUGACUCCAGGCUGUGCCAAUGUGUUCCAGGGAGAACCUUGGGUUUGGGAUCUGUAUCAAAAUAUUCAAGUGAUUAUCCACUGUAGAGCCCACGAAAAAAUGGAAUGCAAAAGCAGUUUCCUUCUCUCUAGAGUAGUAUGGACGUAGCCACAUUCUCUUAAGUUCGCUGGUAUCUGAGGAGGCACUGUUGCCAAACUAUGACAUACCAUAGAUUCGGCAUGUUUGUGUAGACUUUGACUGUGUCAUCCUUGUACACAAGAUAAUUUUUGAGCAAAGUGAUGAUUUGUCAAACACAUGCUGUACAUCAUGGGUUUAUCAAACCCUCAGAGAAAUCCACAAUACAAUGUGAAUAACCUUGAGAAAUUGAGCAUAUAAAAGUAUGUUUUAAUUAUAAUUGUUGCUUGUCUAUAUUACCUCAAACAAGAUCUAUGAUGUAGUAGAGAUGGAUUUACUCUUGUUGUGUGCUUGUAUUCAUCCCAACCCUGUUGAACGGUUCCACUGCUUUAUCUCUGACGCUGAACUACCCUAACCUGAUUUCCUCUGUGCUCCUGGUUCUGUCUGAUCUUUAUACAUGGCGUCUAUUUACAUUACUGAAUGUAAGCACAUAUUGUUGGAAGUUCCUUCACAGUUUGUGUGACUAUUGUCCGUAAUUAUGGGUUAUUCAGUGCAAAGAACUUUGUUUUGAAACUGUUGAAGAUUUACCAAAUAAAUCUGUUAUUCAUUA